AUGACGACGAUGGAUCUCCGCGUCGGGAACAAGUACCGGAUCGGUCGUAAGAUCGGUUCGGGCUCGUUCGGUGACAUCUACCUGGGCACCAACAUAAUUUCGGGGGAAGAGAUUGCCAUUAAGCUUGAGAGUGUAAAGGCCAAGCACCCGCAGCUCGAGUAUGAGGCCCGCGUCUACAAGUCGCUCGCCGGCGGCGUCGGCAUUCCGUUUGUCCGCUGGUUCGGCACCGAGUGCGACUACAAUGCCAUGGUUCUGGACCUUCUUGGACCCAGCCUGGAGGACUUGUUCAACUUCUGCAACCGCAAGUUCUCGUUGAAGACGGUCCUGCUCCUCGCCGACCAACUGAUUUCCCGCAUCGAAGAGAACAAGAACUUGACCGGCACGGCCCGAUACGCUUCCAUCAACACUCAUCUUGGUGUCGAGCAGUCUCGCCGCGACGACAUGGAGUCGCUCGGUUACGUCAUGCUUUAUUUCUGCCGUGGCUCCCUCCCGUGGCAGGGCCUCAAGGCAGCGACCAAGAAGCAAAAGUACGACCGCAUCAUGGAGAAGAAGAUGACGACGCCCACCGACGUCCUCUGCCGUGGCUUCCCCAACGAGUUCGCCAUCUACCUGAACUACACCAGGUCGCUCCGCUUUGACGACAAGCCCGACUACAGCUACCUGCGCAAGAUCUUCCGCGACCUCUUCGUCCGUGAGGGCUUCCAGUACGACUACGUAUUCGACUGGACCGUCUACAAGUACCAGAAGAACGCGCAGGCCAUCCAGCAGGCCGCCGGCAACACCGCCCAGGCUACCCAGGGCGACCCCAAGGAUGCCCAGGCCGCCGCCCGUAAGGACGCUCAGGCGCUGCCUCGCGGAACCAGGAAGCAGAUCACCGGCGAUGCCCCGGAUACCAACCGUGCCGUCGGCGGAAGCGACAGGAUGCUGCGCUCAGCUGCGAAAGCUCAAGGCGCUGGCUCGGGAUAUGCUACCAACAAGUACCGGCCCAUGGACUGA